AUUGUAUAAAUAGGGUUGGCUACGAAGAAGGUAUGAGAGAGAGAAUCGAAUUGUGGAGAAAGAGAGAGAAAUGGCGAAGCAAGAGAAUAAAGAGCCGUGCAAGAAGGAAGCAUGUGAUAUUCAAGCUUGUUUAUCUAAGAAUAAUUUUCUUUCUCAAAAGUGUGUUAGUGUCAUUCAAAAGCUUCAAUCAUGUUGUGAGAAGUGUAAUAACAACUCCACACAUUGUGGUUCUGUGGCUGGUCUCCUCAAGCAAAUUUCCAAGUAAAACAAACUCAACUCUCUUUCCAAGUAAUGAGGAGAAAGAAAUGACAUAAAUUUUAGUGAGAUUUUGUGGUGGGGAUUGCUCACUAAUUGGUGAAACAAACAAACAAUGAUGAUGUAUUAUAGACUUUGUAUCAAUGCAGAAGUGUUUUUUUUAGUCAUAA